CCUUAAUUUAGCUAAUGAAAUUCACACCUUUCUUUUCUCUAUAUAUGCCCACACUAACUUCUUCCUUCCCAUUCCUUCUAUACUCAAAACAACCACCUUGGCUUAUUUGCUCUCCUCCUCAAUCCUCACCAAUCACUACCUUCAAUAAUGGAAGUAAAAGAACACGACCCUUUUCUCUCUUCUCCUCCUCUCUCCUCCUCCAGGUAAGCAAAGCCAAAACCAAACAAAAUAUACAUCAAAAUUUUGAUUUUUUUUUUCUUUUUUCUGGGCGUAACCAUUUUGCAAACAGAUGGUGGUCUAAGGAAACUGUUGCAAUAGUCACCGGAGGAAACAAGGGGAUUGGGUUCUCGCUGGUGAAACGACUUGCAGAGUCUGGACUCACUGUGAUCUUAACAGCUAGAGAUGUAGAGAGAGGGUACAAAGCUAUCGAGCAGCUUAGAAAUGAGCAUGGUGACGGUGAUGAUCUCCAUCUACACUUCUAUCGUCUUGACGUUUCGGAUCCUGCUUCCAUUAAAACCUUCGUUUCGCUGUUUGAGAAGGAUUUUGGAGUCUUGGAUAUUCUCGUGAACAAUGCUGCGGUAUCUUUCAAUGAGAUACAUGAGAACUCUGUGGAGCAUGCAGAGACUGUCGUCAAAACCAAUUUCUAUGGACCCAAGUUGCUGAUAGAGGCACUCUUGCCCAUGUUUCGUCAAUCAACUUCUGCCUGCAGCCGUAUCCUUAAUAUUACCUCAAGACUUGGCUCCAUCAAUAAGAUGAGAAACCCUAAAAUGAAAGAAAUGCUGCUAAGCGAAAACUUAUCAGAAGAGCAGAUUGAAGGGAUGGUAAAUUUGUUUAUUGAAAAUGUGAAGAAAGGAACAUGGAAGAGCCAAGGAUGGCCAGAGAUAUGGACAGAUUAUGCAGUAUCAAAGCUAGCUUUGAAUGCAUAUUCUAGGGUUUUGGCUACAAGAUAUAAGGAUUGUGGAUUGCGUGUAAACUGUUUCUGCCCUGGCUUCACUCAGACGUCUAUGACCAGAGGUAAAGGCACUCACACCGCCACUGAUGCCGCUGAAGUUGGUGCUAGGCUGGCUUUGCUUCCACCGCACCAGCUACCUACUGGCAAGUUUUAUAUAGGGUUUAGCCCUGGCAUUGUUUCUAAAUUAUAGAAUAUAAAUGAUCAUUCAUUUUCUAGUCAGAUAAUGGGAGUAUAAUAUAAUAUAUUUAUUUCCAUGAUUAUAUAGAAUGAUAAUUAAUUAUAAUCAUAGCGAAUCAUGGGUUAAUGUAAUUGGUUUUUUCUCUAUUUUAAGGCGUUAAAUUUCUCUAUUUACCUAUUAUGAUAUACUUUC